AUGGCGGCGGCGGACCUGCAGGAGCUGCGGGCGCUGGUGGAGCGGGCGGGCGGGCGGCGGGCAGUACUGCUGGUGGCCGAGGUGGCGGAGGGUGCCCCGGCAGCGCCCGCGCUGGCCGCCUUCGCCCGCGAUCUCCUGGGGGACGAGGCGCCGCGUGCAUCGUGCCCGGGGCCGGGGCCGGUGCCGGGGUGCCGGGCGCGGCGGGCAGCGGGCGGCCGUCGGCGGGCGCUGGGAGCGCGGCUGUUGCUGGUGCUGUGCGGCGGCGGGGCGGCGCGGGGCCGCGGGGCGCGUACCCGCCUGCGAGAAGUGGUGCGGGACGUGCGCGGCCGCCUGCCCGCGGGGCCGCCGCCCGCCGUCGUUGGCGUCCUGCUGCCCGGCGGGGACGGAGACGAUGCGGCAGUGCUGGACGCGACGCUGCGGCAGCACUUCCCGGCGCCCGGCACGGUGCAGGCGGCCCGGUACAGCCCGGGCAGCCCUGGCGAUUGCCGCGCCGCCGCCUGCCGCGCUCUGCGGGCCGCCCUGCAGCACCCCGCAGAGGACAUGAAAGACAGGGAGAGGUGGAGGUUCCCAUCCUUCCUGCAGUGCAUUUCUUGGAACCAGAGGAGCUGGAGAAAAGAUUACGAAGCAAAAGCUGAAAACAACAUCCAUGAAGAUGAUCUGCAGGACCCUGAGGAAGAAGUGGCUCUGACCAGCCUUUCCCCCAAUGGAAACUGCGAAGAAGCUGCUGGAGGCACAGGCACCUAGAGCUGCUGGGCAUGCAACACAGUUCACAUCCCAGACCUGCCCAGUGGAUUUGGAGCAGUGGGAGGAGGAGCUGGUGCAGGCCCUCUCCUCCAAGGACCCUCAGCUCCAGGGAAAAGCUGCUUGGCUGAAGUCAUCAAGGUCUUUUGUAGCUGCUGCCAACCUCUGGGGUCUGUGCCAGACCCAUUCCCUGCUGUGCCCUGCUGCCCUGGGGCACCUGGAGCUGCUUCUGGGCACUAGGCUUCUGAGAAGCCCUUCAGGGAUCUACCUCACAUCCUGGGCAAAAUUAUGUUGGGACUUUGAGUGUGAAAUGUAGCCACCUGUUUGAAGAAUGAGAAAUGUUUUCUAAUUCCAAGCAAAGUUCAAUGCUGAGGUUGCUGUGGCUGGCCUCCCUGGCAGACUGAUUCUGCUGCCUUGCUUUCCUGCUUUAUUGGUGCUUGGAAGCUCCCACCCCCCCCCCCCCCCAAAAAAAACCCAGCAAGUAACACAGUGGCUUGGAGACUGCAGUGGGACUAAAUGUGAGCUCUUGGAUCUACCAGCUACUGAAAAGGCUUGAGUGUAACGUGAAGAAUGCAGUAACAGCCCAGCUUGAGCAGCAGGAAUACCAUGAAGGAUUCUUCAUGGAUAUCAUGAAGGAUACCACUGGCAUCUAGAUCAGAGUGGAGUUGGGAGCAGAAUCUGUCCCUCUGGCUUGUCCUGGUGCUCAUAGGCUAACUGAGGGAUGCCUGGGUUGGAGGGGUGGCAGGUGGGCACUAACGUGUGGCUGGUGCUAGGUGAAGAUACAGGAGAGGGCCAUCUUAACUGGAACAUCUCCACUGGCAUGGUGGCACAUCUUGGAGUCGGCCUGCAGCACAACAAGAUGUGGCUGUUUCAUAAAUAAACAUAAAAAUAUAAAAAUUAUCUAUUUAAGUAGCUCCAGGGGACUGCCUGUAGCCUGUGGGGCAACACAAUUAACUAGAAAUCCUUGGUUUACGAGGAAUAUUACUCUAAUGCUAAGAAUAUCUUUUAAAUUCUUUAUGCAACAUAAAAGAGGUCUUGUUUUAUUUUGAGCACAAGCUUGGCUUUCCUUUAGUUUCCUCCAGCUCAGAUCAGAAAUUUCAUCCUGCCUACCUCUUCUUUGGGUUAGUUGCCAAAGUGCCUUGUCUGUGCAUGUCUGUGCUCUCUCUGGUUCCUUUUCCCCCAGUGGCAGAAGAAGUGUCUGGGGUCCUGCCAGCUCUAGCCAGCACUUUCCCCCAGCAGUCUGCCUUUGGCAACCCUCUAGCUUUUAUCUGGAGCAGGAGACGCUGCUCUGCAGAGAGGGCACUGACCCACUCUCCUUCCAGCCUCCAGGAUUUCUGUGCUUAUGACCCGUGGAAGAUACAAAUGUAACAAAGUGACUUGGUGUGGGUGGCUGUAUUACUGGCCCCAAGUUUCAGCACUGAGCACUGAGUGCAUCUUGGUGAUAUUAAGGUUCCCUCCUGCUCCAUCCCUGUACAGCACAGGUCACUGUGCAGGUCUGUACUUUCCAGUAAAGCCCCUGAUUAGGUGGGUCAAGCAGGACUCACCAGUAUGAAUCUUUAUUUUCUAGCCUUUGCUGCUAAGCAUUCUUCAGUGAAGAGGUGGUCCAAGAGCACAGACUGGCAGUUAAACCUCCCUUAGUGCUGCAAAUCCACUGGAUUUAUUUACUAGUAAUUUUUAGGUAAAUCACCCAAGUUUACCCCUGCAAGAGACUGAUGGAAAUGGAUGAACUGCCAAGGCUUUAGGAGGUGUAAGCGAGAAUACCGUUGACUAAAAAUAUUGUUUUUCUUUGACUGAGGAAUAAGUGACAUGAAUUACUUUUUUUUUUCAUUUCUCUUUUUACUAUCUGUGCACUUGGAGGCGUAACCAGAUAGUUUAACAUGUUUAAUUGAUUGAAUAAUAUAAGGGCACUAUUACGUGCUUGUUGAAUAAAGACAUUUAAUUUCC